CAAAAAGAAUAACUUCUCUGGUUAAACUUUGAAUUUGUUAUGGUGUGCUUCUGUUUCUUGGUGGACCAAAGGUGGAAGCUGACGGGUACUAAGCCAGUAGCCGGGACGUGCUCCCGGUGCGGCGGAGGAGCAAGCGUGGGAGACAUGAAAACGAUCACCAGGUUUUGUUAUGUUCCGUUCUAUUGGAAAUCAUGGAAAGCUAUAAUAUGCACAUUUUGUGGAGCUAUUCUUAAAUCUUACAGAUGAACAGCAACUCAAAGCUGUCUUCUGUUCGUUUCUCUGUCGGCUUUUUCGUGUCUAUAUAUACAUAUAACUAAUUAACCAUUGCUUAUAGAAUAAAACAUUUCAGUUCUAAGUUUGUAAGACUGGUAUUUUCUUCAUUUAUGUGUAAAAGAGUUUUCAAUGAAGUAUUUGGCUUAAAAAUAGAGUUGAAUUUAUUAAAUUAAAGGAAAUUAAUAUUUUAUUUUAAUGUAAAAUGCUAUGAAAGUGA